UCUCCGGGUAGAGCUGUGGUGAGGGGCGGAGGGAUCCGCGCCGGUGGAGGCGCGGUGAUGCGGCUCUGUGAGGGACGCGGCGGCGGCGGGGCCGAGGGGACGCUCAGUGCCGGGCCGAGCCCCGCAGGACACGUUCCCUCGGUGGCCACGGCUGUGUCUGAUGGCGAGGGCUGCACAGAGAGCUGACGUGUGCUGAGCUGCCCAGAGCUCCCGGUCUGCUGAGUGGAAGCAGUGAGGCUCGGGUGACUGCUGAGAGAGGACAGUGCAGUGUUGAGCAGCAGGACGCUGGUACCACAGCCUUGCAGCAGUGUGUUAUCAGAAGGCUGCUGAGAAAGAGGUAUGGAGAACUUGGUGGCUGGCUCCACCCUUCCUCCGCUUUUUGCAGAUGAAGAUGGAUCUAAGGAAGGCAGUGAUGUUACUGUGACUGGAUUAGCUCAUUCUGAGAGUUCGUUCACUGGUGGAACUUCACAGCCUGUGAAUAACCCAGAUUUGGUGGAGGAUUUGUCACAGGUUCAGCAGCUGCAAAAUGAGUCCACUAACACUGCUGAAAACACUGAGCAGAAGCCUGAGGAGGAGCAGCAAAGAACUAAACGAGGAGGCUGGGCUAAAGGGAGAAAGAGGAAGAAACCUCUUAGGGACAGCAAUGCCCCCAAGUCCCCCCUCACAGGGUACGUGCGAUUCAUGAAUGAGCGUCGGGAGCAGCUUCGAGCAAAGAGGCCCGAAGUCCCUUUCCCGGAGAUCACCAGGAUGCUGGGCAACGAGUGGAGCAAACUUCCUCCUGAGGAGAAACGGCGAUACCUUGAUGAAGCAGAUAGAGAUAAGGAGCGUUACAUGCGAGAACUGGAGCAGUAUCAGAAGACCGAAGCCUACAAAGUCUUUAGCAGGAAAGCACAGGACAGACAAAAAGGCAAAUCACACCGACAAGAUGGAGCAAGGCAGCCAGUCCACGAUCAUGAGAAAGAAGCAGACACAAAAGAGAGAUCUGUUUUUGAUAUCCCAAUAUUCACAGAAGAAUUUCUGAAUCAUAGUAAAGCACGUGAAGCCGAGCUGCGACAGCUGCGUAAAUCCAACAUGGAGUUCGAGGAGAGGAAUGCUGCCCUGCAGAAGCACGUCGAGAGUAUGCGUACAGCAGUGGAGAAAUUGGAGGUGGAUGUAAUACAAGAGCGGAGCCGCAACACAGUGCUGCAGCAGCAUCUGGAGACCUUACGGCAAGCACUGACAACCAGCUUUGCUGGAGUCCCGCUACCAGGUAGCGGGGAAACACCCACGAUGGAAACUAUUGAUUCCUACAUGAAUAGGCUGCACGGCAUUAUUAUGGCUAACCCACAGGAGAACGAGAACCUCAUAGCCACAGUCCGGGAUGUGGUAAACAGACUUGAACGCUAGUGACCAGGUCUCGUGAUCCGGUGAUACUUGACAAAAUUUCUUUGGCCAGUGUGGAAUAUGAAGCCAUGAGGGAAAGACUAGGGGUGGGAGGCAGAACUGCAGGUUUGUCCCGGUCCCUGCCUUUGUGGUUUGUCAUUGGGACAAACAGAUGCAUUAAAAGGUCUUAAGAAGCCACGGAUAUCACCCACUAAACAUUCUGGAACUGUCCUCUAUGUAAACCCUUAAGUGCAUGCAACUUCUGUGCAAUCUUCAGUUUCUUAUUAAUUCUGCUAAAUGUGAGGGUGCAUAUGUUCUGCGGACUUGCUGACUAUGGAGAUGAAACCUCUGUGAAAUGAAGUCAGCCUGUGUGUUGUAGUAAUAACUUGCAUUACACUGCUUCAUGUCUUCUAGUGUCUUUCAGUUUGUUCUCAUGUUUAUCUUGUGAAAUUACCUUUCUCCAUUUUAGUUUUCAUCUUUUUAUCUGAUACUUUCAGUACUGGAUAGCAGCGCUUGUGUUCUUCACUAUAAUGGGCAGUCUCCCUUGGUGCGCUGUCUCAUCCUCCCCUGCCUGUCAUGUUUACAUAAGCUAAUCUUCAGCUGAACUCUGUUUUCUGUGUUAGCCUCCAACUUCAACAAUAUGAGUUUGUGUGAGACUGGCUGCAAUUGGUACUUUAUGACUCGAUUCUACCAGGAGAGGGACUUCUUUGUUUCCCUACAGCACCUCCCUUGCACACAGCAACCUGCCCUUCUGCGCAGACCCACUGUUAUCUCUUGAAAAUGUUUGGGAGGAAUGUUUUACUGCAGCGUAGAUCAGAGAUAGGGUAGAAAGUGAAACGUUAGCUUUUUGCAGUUGGCUGGGAAAACAGAAAUCUCCAUUUUAGGCUACCACAAAACACAGUUUGCCUUUGCUCUGAUACGUUGCUCGCUCUAAUUUAGUUGUCUGCUUACUUUUGGAGAGAAUGAUCUCACGGUGAGAGUAAUAUUCUAUAUAAAGAUAAGUGGGCAGGAAAAUUGUAUUUUCUUCUGCCCUUCUGAAAUUGGUGCUGGAAAGCAGCGUGCCUGGAAGCAGCACGUGUAUUUUUGCAUGAAUUAUUAUAGCAGAGAUGGUUAUUGGCAGCUAGGUCCACAUAGCAACCCAUGAUGGUAUUCUGUGUUACAGCACAUAAGUGCUUUUUGACUUCUGUACAGGCGAAGUGCAGACUGUCAAGCCUAUAUCAUUCAGCUCAUUAUGUUUCUGUGUGGCCUAAGUUAAAGGCCUAAGCCUUUUAUUAGCAUAAGGUCUAACUUGGCACACUGGAGACUAAUUUUUCUGAGCUACGGCUGCACCUCUUGUCCAAGAUGGCACCUACUGUUUGCACUAAUGUAUGCAAAUUGUUUGCUGUCCUUUGAUUGCUGUCAUAUUUUGAAUUCAGACUGUGGUUAAGCACCUGUUGGACAUCCGUGAGCUUAAUGGUAAUGAUGGAAACGUGCUUUCUUCCAUGUGACAAUCUUGCUCCUCCUUCAGAAAUCUUUCAGGUUUUCUGUGUUACGAAUUGGAGAUUGCUUUUAUUACAUGAGUGCAUUGCAGUCGGGAUUGCUUUUGUGUAUCUGUAAGGCAAGUAGAAGAUUAAACAGCAGUUUCUUUUUUCCCAUGCGACGUGUGCAGACUUCAUGCUUGCCUGAAGCCAUCUCCAGGUCAUCACCUUGUAUGUCAGGUCUCCACUUUCUCAUGGACUUCCUGCUGUAGCCAAGCAGCGAGGAUUUUCAUGUAUAUUCAGGUCUUCCUUUCUGGAGGAAACUCCUUUCUCUUGUCUUCAGGCUCACGAUCAAGACUUCAUAAAAAAGAACCUUGAUUUGUUGAAUUGACCUCCGUUAUUUUCUGUAAUGUGGAUGAGACCAACAGAUGAUUGACGUGAACUUUUUAGUGGACUUUAUGACAAAUGUUGUGUGGGGAAGAAAUCAUGUGGAUUCAUGUCUUCAGAAGACACUCAUGCCUUCCUCUCCUGUGCAUGUCUGGAUUUGUAGCGUUAGCGGUGUUUUGCUUGGAUUUAAUUGUGGCCAAAAUACGAUUGAUGAAAUUCUAAAGCUGACUGUGACAUCUGACCUGAUACAUCCCAUAAAGGUUCCAGAAAUUGUUCUGUAGUGUGGUAGAAGGAUGCACUUCCAGCCUAUGACGUACACAUUCCAUAAAUAAGGUAUUUGUGGCUGCAGGCUGCCCUGCUUCCAUAAAUUCAAUACAGCCAUCAGCUUGUGGCACACUGCUAAUGCAUCGUUUGGUUGAGUAGCAUGUAAGUAUUCCAGGAUGGGAGACUGAAGAUCAUAUUAUUAACUGGAGGUUGACAAAUCUGUUGACUUUUCCUACAAGGAAGGCGGGGCAGUGUUAUACCUAUGUGUGGAAAAAGUAAUUUCUUGCUUACGGCUGAUACACCAAUUAAUGUUCUGUCUCAUUAAGAUGCUUCUUAUUUACACUGAUCAACCCUAUGAAAAUGGAUUUUGUCUUUCCGGUGUUUCUGAGUGUCACUUCAGUUUAACGUUUUUCAGUGUUUGCUGAUGUGGAAAACAAAUGAAAAUGUUGGUGUCAAGGAGAGGAGCAGGAUAAAACGUUUUCAUCACUUAGAGAAAUAUUAAGGAAAAUACAUGAAAACUGAAUUAAAUUACUUGGAUUAAUGUGUUUGGAGUUGUUGAGAUGCCAAUUUUUUUUUCUGUAAAAUGCAUUUGUAAUUAAACUUUUGGAGUCCUGUUGUUUUUAAGAAGUUGAUGUGCUUGUUUGACACUUGCUUCAUUAAAAUCCAUCCUGAUUCAAUUUUAACUGCUUUUCUGUGAAAGAACUACUAGGAUUGCUUUGUUGUGUGCGAGAAACCAUCAGCUCCGUGUUUGCCUUUGAGGGGAAGUAAGGUUAGAGAUGUUCCUUCCCUCUUCUCUUCCCAAAUGUAUCCCCCUCUGAAACAGCGGCAGGAGCUGGUUUGUAUGAUGGGAACUUUGGUGACUGUGUACAAAUAAACAUCAGGGCACUUCCUGUCCUCUUUGGCCCCCAGCUUGAGCUACUUUAAGACUGUUGUCCCUUUUUUGACAUCCUCGUCCUCCCUUGACCUCCCUAAUUUUUCACCCCCAGAUUUGUUUUCUUUUAAGAAUCUUCUGCAUCAUAAAUGUUUCCUCCCAAUUGAUUUUCUUUUCCCCUGCUAGAUUCUGUCGUGCAUCUUCUGCUCACUGAGCCACACUGCAGCCUUGUGCAAGCAAUUGUGAGAACAGCCCUGAGUGCACAUCCUUGUGGGAGGAGUUUGGAUGAUUUCUGCCUGCAUUGCUGCACCUUCUGCGGUUGCAGUAGUGCAAAGCAAUCAUGUCUGUGCUGCUUCUGUGGUCACAUCAUGUUGUUUCAACUGACCAAUGAAUGCCUGGUAUGUCUCUAUGCCAACAUGCUCGAUUUGAUUGAACCUUUUGCUUUGUUAGAACUGACAAGCAGCAUAUUUAGGUUUACUUUUUGUGUUUUACAAUGUCUCCAAAAUACUGAAACUAUAAACAUAGCAAAAACUGAAAAAAGUUCCAGUCCCUUUGUAAGCUUUGCUGCUGUAAAUGGCUUUAGGAGCAGAUGGUGGCCAAUCAUGCUCAAUAUAUGUCAAGAUGGUCAUUAUAUAGUCUUAAUUUAAGACAGGACGACAUUCCUACUGUUUUUCUUCUGCUUGUAAUCUCUCUUUACCCUGCUGUCUUGUUGAUAAUCAUGUAAGGGAAGUGAUGUGGAUUUGAGGGUUUUGAGUUCUUUUAAGGGGAAAAGCUAACUCCCCUUUUCCCUGGUGUAUUUCUGCUAAUAAUGGUUUCUGAGGUUGAAAUGAGUCAGUUGCUUGUUUUGCUGGGGUGUUUCGGGGUGGGUUUUUUGUUUGUUUCUCAGUUGCUCCAGUUCAGUUGUAUCUUUCAGACUUCAGGAGUGUACUCAGACCCAUCCUUCACUUCUCCUAUAGGGUUUUCUGCUCAUUCACUACAAAUACUUUAAUACUUUUUGCUUCUUUUUUCUUCAUCAUUGCUUAUUUGAUUGACAUUUUUCUGGCAUUUAGAAUGUGUUGGUUAUAUGCAAGAUUUGUCAUCCUGGUUUCAAAAUCAGUAGACUCUGUACUGUACCAUUUUGGUAUGUGAUAAUCUAUCCACAUCCAUUGUGUAACGCAAGGACCACUGUUUCUAAAUCUGACGUCUGGGUUAUAAUAAUAAACCUGCCAUUCUUA